CUGUUGCCGAGGAAGUACUCCGAGUAGUCCACUUGCGACGUGUACUAUGCCAACUUCUCAUGAUAAUUGUGCCUACUCAACGUCCUGCUGAGGAUCGACCUAGCGUAGCAGUACGGCAAUCUUGGCCAUAAUCUCGACCUCUACGCCGCAGUAUCAGACCUAUCAUGCCUGUCGUGACUGCUCAUUGGCGAUAAAUGGCGCCCGACAUGGCCAUCUACCCGCUCACAGUUGACUUUGACGUCGUGGCUCCGAGAUCCCCGCUAUCAAGGUGAGUCCCAUCAUCCUACGUCUGUGUCCGACCAACACCGGAACAAGUUCUAUGCUGUAAUAUGACACGGGGUCCAUGUCCCACCUCGUGCGCGCCAUCGACAAAGCGACCGACAGCAUCUUGCUCUACCCCUGGCACAGCCGACGCUUCCCCAAAGCCUGUCUCAGCGCACCUGAGAUAUGAAGGUGCUCAUGACGGCCGUCGCGGGGCCGAGACGGGGCCCGUGCACGAGUGUACACGACGUGCAAAAUCUGCGGAUUAGGAAUAGGAAGGAUCGGACCGCCCGGGAGGGAAAGCAGUUAAGAGAGAAGUGGAGACUGUUUACGAGGACAGAAGCAAGAGGAUGGGUGGGACACUGGGAGGGACUUCAAAGGCAAGCGAUGGUGCAGGGAGUCGAAAACAUCAUAAUGUCCGGUUUGUCAACCUCUGUCAUAGUGUCAAGCGUUGAAUCACGCGUGCUAGGAAUAAAAAA